AUCACGUGAAUUUACACUAACGAUCAGCUGUCGUGGGGAGUGGUUGUAGUAAAAGGGGUAGUUUUAAUAAAUUUACAACGGUUACCGGGCAACAAUCGACGGAUUGUUCCAGUUUCAACAAUGACUGAGUACUGGUUAAUAUCAGCUCCUGGGGACAAAACGUGCCAACAAACAUGGGAAACGAUGAAUAAUCACACCAGCAAGCAGAACAAUUUGUCCUGUAAUUAUAAAUUUCACAUUCCGGACUUGAAGGUUGGAACUCUGGACCAAUUAGUUGGUUUAUCAGAUGAUUUGGGAAAACUAGAUGGUUUUGUUGAGCAAGUCACCAGAAAAGUCGCCGCUUAUCUAGGUGAAGUUCUCGAAGAUCAACGGGACAAGCUUCACGAAAAUUUGAUGGCCAAUAAUAGUGACUUGCCAAGUUACAUAACUCGUUUUCAAUGGGAUGUUGCAAAGUACCCCAUUAAGCAAUCGUUACGUAACAUUGCUGAUAUAAUCAGUAAGCAAGUUGGUCAAAUUGAUGCCGAUUUGAAAACGAAAUCAACUGCGUACAACAAUUUGAAAGGAAGUUUACAAAAUCUUGAAAAGAAACAAACUGGUAGCUUGUUGACUCGUAACUUAGCCGAUCUUGUUAAAAGAGAACACUUCAUCUUGGACUCCGAAUACCUAACAACUUUACUCGUCAUAGUUCCAAAGGCGGCUUUUAACGAAUGGCAAGCUGUUUAUGAAAAAUUAACCGACAUGGUCGUACCUCGUUCUUCAACUUUGAUUACUCAGGAUGCGGAAUACGGUUUAUAUUCGGUUUCGCUUUUCAAGAAGGUCGUUGAAGAAUUCAAAUUACACGCCAGGGAGAAAAAGUUUAUCGUCAGGGAUUUUACUUACAACGAAGAGGAAUUAGCCGCCGGAAAAAACGAAAUUACCAAACUUGUCACUGAUAAAAAGAAGCAAUUUGGUCCUCUUGUUAGGUGGUUAAAAGUGAAUUUCAGCGAAUGUUUCUGCGCUUGGAUUCAUGUUAAAGCUCUUAGAGUUUUCGUCGAAUCUGUGUUGAGAUACGGAUUACCCGUUAAUUUUCAAGCAAUCCUUUUACAACCCACCAAGAAAACUGCUAAGCGAUUAAGAGAAGUUCUUAAUCAUCUCUACGGACAUCUUGACAGCAGUGCUCUACAAGGUUCAUCUAGUGCUGAUAAUGUAGACAUUCCUGGAUUAGGUUUCGGCCAAUCAGAAUAUUAUCCCUACGUUUACUAUAAAAUAAAUAUCGACAUGAUUGAUGCAAAAGUCUAGUGUCGCAUCUUAGUCUUCAAUACGUAAUUAAAAACAAGAUAAUAAGAAAGAAACAAGAUGUCAACUGCGCUGUUAUUAAUUAUUCCAGCACAAAAUAAGGUGCACUACUAGUUUCUUUUAUUUUGUUUCUCCCAAAAUGUUAUAUAUAUAUACUUAUAUACAUUCUUUAGGUAAAUAAUCGUUCACCCUUAUAUUGUAUAGUUUGAAAACUUUUUAGAACCUUUCUUUUAAAAACGGUAAUUUUUUAGAAACCCGUUUAUUAAGUUAGCGUGCAAUACUCUCAAAUUAAUAUACAUAUUUAAAAAUAAAUAGACACAGAAGGAAACCACGUGUAAAUAAAUAGGCGACAAUACCGUUUUAUUUUAUUUUUUUCUUUGUGUAAGAGUCCGUAUUCUUUUUGCCUUGUCGAGAACAGUAUUCAAAGUUCAUUUGUAAAUAUAAAACAUUGUAAUAUUUAAUGUAUAUAAAGAGAAAAGAAAAUACAUACAAUUUGCUAAGGCAAAAGCGAAAUUUAAUUAAUUCGAUAUAAUUGAAAUUGUCCUAUUUCUUUGUGUAUUAUAGAUUUAAAAGGUGAAAAUAUAUUGUUAAUACAAAUAGGAAAUAUUGAAAAAAUGAUAUUUUAAAAGUUACAAUAAAUGGUGUUGAUCGGUUUAGAUAUAUUUGUGUAGAUGAGCUUAAAUAAAAUAAUAAAAAUUGUGUUGAAAUUA